AUCUUUCCUAUCCGUGGGAGCAUCUGUAGGAGCAGUAACAAAGCAGACCCUGUUCCCUCCUCUCAUGCCUGCAGGGCGCCCUUUCCGUGUGUCCAAUGCCUCCCGAAGCAGCAGGAAAGGAAUUGUUGCAAGCAGCCUGCAAGAGCUCCUCAGCAAGACUUUAGAUGCCUUCGUUAUAACUGCUGGAAUAGUAACUCUGGUUUUGGAGGAGGAUGGCACAGUUGUGGACACAGAAGAGUUCUUCAAGUCCCUGGAUGAUAACACACACUUCAUGGUUCUAGAAAAUGGACAGAAAUGGACACAAACAAAAAAUGGAGUUGUUGCUGUGAGAAAAAAGAAGAAAAUGGGAGUAGCUAACAUCACAUUUGACCUGUACAAACUGAACCCUAAGGAUUUCAUUGGCUGCUUAAACAUCAAGGCAACCUUCUAUGAGAUCUACUCUAUCUCAUAUGACAUCAAAUGCAUGGGAGCAAAAAGUGUAUUGCGGAAAGUGCUUCAGCUAAUAUCCCAUGCAGCACAAAUAACUGGACAGUUUCUCCUCUAUACUGGAACAUAUAUGUUGCAGUUGAUGGGUGAAUAUGAUGAAGAUGACAUGUGCACAAGAUCCAGGCGGGAGUAGUGACCACAGCUGUGCUUCUGAUGUCUAGUGUGAAGCUGACGUAGAGGUGAAGUCUACCUAUUUACUCCUGCUGACAAUGGAACUACGGAGUGUAAAUUCAAUCCUACUUCAGUGGCUGUCUCUUCUCAUGAGGUCUAAUUGGAGACUGUGCAACCACUAAGCAGAAGGUUAAGAUUUAGCCUUACUUCCCUUAAAACAAAUAAAACCUUUUCAUUAUCAUUCUUUAUAAUUUUUUUUUUCAGUUCUUCAGGAUGUUCAGGUUAUUACAGCUCACACAGUUGAAGAACCUGAUAUAUUUUUUUUAAUGAAUUUGAUGUCCAGUUCUGACCAUUCAAUAAUCUGCCAUGGUUUCAUUAAUACGGCCUAUAAGCAACUUGUUGAAGAUUUUUUCAGGGGUUAAGCCACCACAGUUUUUACUGUUACAAGAUGACACUAGGUGUCAAGAUGGGCUUGAGGUACAUGUAAGAGAUGCUGGAUAUUUUGUUGUCCCUGGGUUCAGGGAAGAGCAUCAGGACACUCCCUAGUCUGCCUAACAUACAUGUAUGCUCUAAAAUCAAUAUUUUCAGUGUUAUAGCCUCUCAAGACAAGCUGUAUUAAAGGACAAAGUAAUGUUUUCCUGUUGCUAUGCCCAGCUUUCAGUGAGCUUUUCCUCAACAGUGUGAAAAAAUUGGAGAAAAAGUAGCCUUAGGCAUCUCGUGUCAAAAUGCAAACUCACCUUGGUGAAGAAAAAAAAGCCCAGUUUUGAUUGUUCACAGAUGUAGCUUUUGAGUUUUUUGUUUGCUUGCACAUGAAGAACUUUAGGAAGGCUGAAAGCUGUUAAGGGGGAUGUCAGAUGCAGGGAAUAUAUCUGUCCUGACAGUAGAUGCUACCUCGUAAGAGCAGCUCUAGUGCCAAGAGAACAAGUGGGACAGGGGAGGAAAUCAGUGAAAGGGAAAAGACCACUAUGGACCCCACAGUGCUUGCCAUGCCUCUGAGACAGGAAUCCAUUAACUGUGUGCACCAACUGCACUGACCUGAUCUCCUAAAAGAGAACAGAAAGGUGGGAAAGAUAAAGUAUUGUGGUUUCUGGUGUCUAUUCUGACCUCUUAGCUGGAUCUGUUCACUUCAAAGGUCACUGAUACAUGGGAAAAUUGCUCUUGCUUUUAGCUGCAAAUCUGAUCUUCAUGUACUUAUUUUUGCCUUCCCACUAUGAGUGUGGCUAUGCCAGCUGGAGCUGCAUCUUUCAAAUCACCUUUGAGAGGAAAGGAAACCUAAACCCAAGUGCUAAAGGGACUGAUGGACACAAGUUUUGGUCAGUCUCUUCCUGUCCCUUAAGUAAUGGUAUUGCAAACAAAUAGACAGCUAAGGAAAACCUUGCUGUCUUUUCUUAAUUCCUGCUAUUUCCCACCUACUUCUGAGCAGAGGGCAUACUGCUCCAGAUAAGGGGAGGACUUGUUCUUUCCUAAUUUCUCACAGUGAAGAAUGUCUGGAGCUUGCAGCACUGUCAGGUGUCCUUCAGAAGAAAACAAUAAACUAUUCUGGGAGUAGUGAGAAAGCUUCCAUUUUUAUAUAACAUCUUUGUUUUAUCUGUAUUUUUCUUGAUACCCCCUGCAUAAAUGAUUGUUGCCAUGUUAACCAUUGGCCAAAGUCUUUCUUUCCCUGUCAAGGAAUUGCAUUUAACUGACUCUACAAGGACAGGGUAAUUAAUUUUUCCAGUUUUUAAGGACCACUUAUUCUAUUAAAACCAGCACCAAUUUCACACCUCUUGAAAGCAAAUUCUCUUAAAUGCUUCUAAAAAUAUUUAUGUUGCCUAAGGUGGGAACAUCAGCAUUAUAUAAGUGUAAAACAACUGGAAUAGCUCAUUGUUGUUUUGUAUGAGUUGCCCCUUCAACAUCUGUAGUACAAAAGCUUUUGCAUCUGAACUGUGCAGAUCCCAAAUUCCAGCCUUCUCUAGCCAGAGGCAAUUGGACUAAUAGUCCACAGUUUACAGUGGCACCAUCUGGGAAUCUAGCAGUGAUCUGAAAAGCUAACCUGCUAUAAAUGUGCAAUGUUUUUAAGCAGCUGCUCCUUCAACAGCUUAACACUUAAAACUUGAGCUGCUCAAGUUCCUGGGUGCAGCAAGUCUCCAUCUUGGAGCAAUUCCCUCUGUUCAGCUGUUUGCAUUUUGAAUUAAAGGAGCUCAGUUUUGAUAUUUUCUCAAAAUGGGAGAAGUGUCCUGGAAGCUGUGUGUAAAAUUGUUUCAUUGCUUCUGAAUCUGUCUCUUUCACAGGCUUAGUAUUUGGAGGUGGUAUUUAUUACUGUACCAACUUCUUUCUGGAAAUAAAAUUUUGGCUUUGAGUCAAAGUGGAGGAGUUUGUUGUUCUCCAAGUUGGAACCAGUUUGGUUUGGGUUUUCUUUUUGUUUUUUUACUUCUACAGGCUGCUUAGGAAGUAUAGCUUUUACUUCUGCUAUAGAUGGUAUGCAGCAAAGAAAACUUCAGCAUUAUUUACCUUUCAGAAAGCUAUAUACAAGUGCUGUACAAUAUCUUACAAGACACAGAAAAACUAAAAGCAUAGGCUCUUAGCUGCAGGUAUGUAGAGAAGCAGUUAGAUUUUUCCACUUGGCAUUUUUAGCUUUAAUUCCCAUGAACCCAGUUAGCCUGCACUUGUUGCUGUUGCAGACAGGGCUGGGAGCAGUGACAUGCAGAAGGUGUGAAACGUGUUUGCUCCCUCCUUGUUUGCACUGACCCUUUUUGCCUGUUGCUUUGCAUCACUUACUAACAAUGCACCAAGUCCUACUCUCUGGUUACCAAAAAAGGAAUUUUCACUGAAGUAAGAGACCUUGUUGACUCAGGCACUGCUCAUGUUCUGCAGACAGAGCAAAGUUGCUUUCUUCAUGACCAGAAUGAAGAAUCUAGUAGCUGUGUGUGCACAGUUUAUCAUUACUUCAUUUCCUUCCUUUCAUAAACCCAUGGAAGUUUUCUUGCACCUUCCGAUUCUUUCAGGAGAAAUGGGAUUACAAGCCCUUCUGUCCAGGGAGAGAGGAAGAAGCAGGGUCUAAAUUCCUUAGAUCAUUUGAAAUAUGCUGUAGGAAACAUUAUGAAUCCCUUCCCUUCAGAGGAAGGAAGAUAAAAGCAGGAGAAUUGGACUUUGAGCUGGAUUUUUUUUUUUUCGGUGAAGUGUGCAGAGAGGUAGGUAUACACAAUUUUGGAAAUGUUGUUAAUUCUGAAUUUUAACUGUGAGGAUAACUUCAUAUGAUAAUUAAUAACUUGCAGAAAUAUAACGCUGUAUCAUUUCAGUAUGCUUCUUCCCUGAAAUCACACUUGAACAAAAGGCACAAGCUACUUAAUUAAAAGUUAAAAAAAAAAGUUUAAAACCAAAGUACAAAGUGUAUUUUUGACUGGAUGCCUCAAGGUUUAUUAGAGGUCCUUAUGUGAUAAAUGUACCACUUCAGUUAUGUAUCAGCAAGUAUCCUUGGGGGGCUUAGAGUUUAUCACUGCUUUCUCUACCUUACAUUGUCAUAUAUGUAGCUAACAUAUUUUAAAGUGUUUUGCUUUGGGAAAUUACAGUGUUUUUCCACUUCACAAUUUUCAAGCCUGGUAAGUUUAACUCGCUGUGAAAAUUGAGAUGGGUGAAAAUUGUGUUUGGCGAUGACAAUAUUUUCUUCUGUGUGGUGCCAAUUUUAAGGAACACUUCAUGAAUAAAUAAAAUCAAGUAGUGGCUUU